AUGUCAGUGCAGGAGAAAAACAGGCAUCAUGCGGCCCCAAAAACAGACAAGAGUGCCGACACCUUGAGCACGACAAAGAAGCGCAAGCACGACGCCGAUGAUAGAGGAUCCUCGAAGAAGAAAAAGAGGUCCAGGACAGAAGACGGGGUGAAGCCUUCAGCCACCGGAUCCCACCAGUCACAAGAGAGCAUAGAGAAGAAGAAGAACAAGAAGAAUAAGAAGCCAAAAGACAGCGGCGAAAUAGCAACGCCUGGUGCACAAACGCAAUCUUCACGGGACAUCGAACUACCCGAUGCGCCUGCGCGGGAGGAAGAACCAGAUCAACCAGCAGAUGCGCAGUCACUGAAAAGCGUUGCAGAUGGCGCAGAAGAAAGCUUGAAUGAGGAAGAUGUCCUGAGGCUGCUUGAAUCCGGAGACCCCAGCUCAUUCUACUCGACACGAUCAUCGCUCUACCUCCCCAUACCUGCAGUUUCCCUCGAGUCCAGCACCUCCUCGCUACUCGCAACACACCUGGCACCUUUAAUACUCACAUAUUUCCCGCCUGCGCAAGGCAUCGUCCUUGGCUUCUCCGCCCCCGUCCUCUCCGCAAAACCUAACUCGGGCCUCAAUCUACCUCUCCUACCACCACGAAGCGGUGACGUUGAGGCGCUCACCGAAAUCCUCGCAGGAACAGCGGACGAGUUUGGCGUCUGUUGGGCAUGGCUCACGGUGACAUUCUUGGUUUUCCGACCCCAGAAAGGGGACGAGCUCUACGGUUGGACCAAUGUUACCUCAGAAGGAUUCGUGGGGCUGGUGAGUUACAACUACUUUCAGACAGCUGUGGGAAAGACACGAAUACCGGAGGGUUGGAAGUGGAACGGCCCGACUAGAGAAGAGGCACAAGGCCGCAAGAAAGGCAGAAAGGGCCGAUUACGUGACGAAGAUGGUGGAGACGGUCCACAGGAGCAGGAUACGCAGGAAACAGAGGCAACGUUUGUGGAAGAGUCAACCUCUCAGAUACCCCUCGGUGAAGACGGCGGAUACUUUGCAGACGCGGACGGGGCCAAGAUCAAGUCGACGCUGAAAUUCCGGGUCGUGGAUACUGAAGCCGUUCCAGCACAUGACAGAAAUAAGUGGUCUUUGCAAAUCCAUGGCACUCUGCUAGAUGCGGAAGCCGAAGAGAACGUCGUGCAGGAAGAGCGGGCAAAAUUCGAACGUGCACAGGAGCGAAGCCGAUCGAAAUCCCCGGGCCUGAGUGAUGUGGUGAUGAGCGGAGCGUUGGGCGGUCGAUAA